CACAUGUGGCACAGGUAGCAUUUUCGCUUGGUAACUGAAGCAAUGGGAGCUGUUCGGGCUGUGCUUAUUUGCGUGCUGACUGUUUGUCUUGCCAAAGGUUCUUGUCUGCCAGUUGGCGGCACAAAUGAAAAACCUGUUGAUGGGUUGCAGAGGCAAGUGAGAGUCGGACUGAAGAGAGACUGGGCUCUAAAGGCCCCGACCAGCGUGGCCCCGACGUCCGCCCCGACCAGCGUGGCCCCGACGUCCGCCCCGACCAGCGUGGCCCCGACGUCCGCCCCGACCAGCGUGGCCCCGACGUCCGCGGCCCCGACGUCCGCCCCGACCAGCGUGGCCCCGACGACCGCGGCCCCGACGUCCGCCCCGACCAGCGUGGCCCCGACCAGCGUGGCCCCGACGACCGCGGCCCCGACCAGCGUGGCCCCGACGACCGCGGCCCCGACCAGCGUGGCCCCGACGUCCGCGGCCCCGACGUCCGCCCCGACCAGCGUGGCCCCGACGUCCGCGGCCCCGACGUCCGCCCCGACCAGCGUGGCCCCGACGUCCGCGGCCCCGACGUCCGCCCCGACCAGCGUGGCCCCGACGUCCGCGGCCCCGACGUCCGCCCCGACCAGCGUGGCCCCGACGUCCGCGGCCCCGACGUCCGCCCCGACCAGCGUGGCCCCGACGUCCGCCCCGACCAGCGUGGCCCCGACGACCGCGGCCCCACCACAUUGAGACUCAGUUAGUGACCCAAGGUUUGGGAACCAUGCGAUAUUUAGCUGUGCAUCCAUAGUGGUUCUGCAUUUACCUGUCGUCUCUGCUUUAAAUAAACAAUUGCCUUGA